AUGCCUGUUACUAUUAUUGCCGCUAAACUGGCGCCCGAGGAAGUAAAAGGAACUUUCAGAUACAUAGCAAAUCUGACAGAUCCUGUUUUUCGUGGUGUUCAUUAUGGAAGGAAGAAACAUGAUGAUGACUUUGAAGCUAUGCUCGAACGGGCACGCGCUGCAGGCGUCAGAUCCAUGAUAAUAACCGGAGGCAGUCUUCACGAAUCUCGAGAGGCAUUAAAUUUGGCUGAGACACAUGGUCUCUACGCGACCGUUGGUUGUCACCCGACGCGUUCUGGAGAAUUUGACAAAUACUGCGGAGGUCCGGAGGCGUACUUGAAAGCCCUUGAUGAACUAUUAGAAAACCGAACGCGAGGCAAAGGUCGUGCUGUUGCCGUCGGAGAGUGCGGUCUAGACUAUGACCGGACUCAUUUUGCGUCCCCAGAGACCCAGAAAACACAUUUUCGUUCUCAGCUAGCUUUGGCAAAAAAAUAUCACCUUCCCUUGUUCUUGCACUCUCGUGCCGCGCAUAAAGAUUUUGUGUCCAUAUUACGGGAGGAAGGCUUUGGCGAAGAUGGAGGGAAAGCAGUUGGAGGUAAAGGUGGUGUGGUUCAUAGCUUCACUGGGACUGUCGAAGAAAUAAACGAACUAAUGGAUAUGGGCUUCCACAUAAGUGUGAAUGGGUGUUCGCUGAAAACCGAAUUUAAUCUGCAAGCAGCCAGGGUUAUACGGCCUGAACUUUUCAUAUUGGAAACAGAUGCGCCUUGGUGCACCAUGACAUCAAUGCAUGCAUCAAAACCCCACUUGGAUACACUGCCAAUUUCCUUGCGCCCGCUUUAUUUUCCUCCCCCAACAAAGCCAGAUCAAUUUGUAUAUGGUCGGCCGGUGAAGGGCAGGAAUGAACCGUGUGCUAUUGGAGGUGUUGCGUGGGUGAUUCACAAACUGAACGGUGUCCCUUUUGAAAAGAUUACCGAAAAGGCGUGGAAGAACACUGUGGAGCUGUUUGAUCUAGAAGAGUUGAAAUGA